AUGAUGAAAAUGUUGUUGGUCCUCCUCAUAUGUUGCUUCCAUUUCCUGCAUUAUCCACUCUUGUGCACUGCUAAUAGGGAACUCCAAGUUGGGGUGAUUCUUGAUUCAAAUUCAUUGAUAGGAAGAAUAGGGAGUAGGUUCCUGUCAAUUGCACAUUCUGAUUUCUACUCACUUCAUUCCAACUACUCAACCAGGCUGGCUCUCCAUUUUAGAGACUCAAAGGACCAAACUCUCACCGCCGCAUCUUCUGGUGUCGAGUUGCUGAAAGAUGCAAAGGUUGAUGCAAUAAUUGGACCUCAAAAAUCAGCACAAGGAAACUUUGUGAUGGAUCUUGGAGGCAUAGCAAAAGUGCCAGUAAUAUCUUUCUCAGCAACCAGUCCGUCCCUUCGCCCUGGCUCCCCUUACUUUGUUCAAACAGGCCUAAGCGAUGAUGCUCAGGUUGGUGCCAUUGCAGCCAUAGUGGAAUCCUUCAAGUGGAGCCAGGUUGUUCUUAUAUUUGAGGACUCCGAGUUUGGCCAUGGCAUUGUUCCUUACUUGUCUAAUGCAUUCCAAGAAAUAAAUGUCCGAAUCUCCUACAAGAGCCCACUUCCUGUUUCGGCAUCAUCUGAUUUUUUGCUCAAAGAACUGUACAAGAUGAUGACAAUGCAGACGAGGGUGUUUGUGGUGCAAACAUCUACUGAUCUUGGGGCCAGGCUUUUUCUGAAAGCCAAGGAAAUUGGGAUGAUGAAUGAGGGUUAUGCUUGGAUUAUUACACAAACGUUGAUGGAUGUAAUGUAUUUGAUGGACUCGAAUGUUGUAGAAGCAAUGCAAGGGGUCUUAGGGGUAAAGCCUUUGAUUCCCAAGACUAAAAGACUUGGUACAUUUGAAAUGAGGUUGAAAAGCAAACUCCUGAAAGAUAAGACUAAAACGCUUGAUCAUCCAGGCUUUAGACGAGCAGAUUUGAGUGUUUUCGGGCUGUGGGCAUAUGACACUUUGUGGGCAUUAGCUGAGGCUGCAGAGAAAGUAGGAAGAGGCAGAGAGGCUAAAGAAGUUCUAGACAGUUCAUCAGAUCCAUUUGCUGUUGGAGUCUCGGAAUCAGGUCCUGAGCUUCUGCAAGCAAUAUUGGGGACAAGAUUUGAAGGGAUUUCCGGGAAGUUUCAGCUUGCCGAUGGAAAGAGAGAAGCGUCAUCGUUUCAAAUACUUAAUGUGGUUGGAAACGGGGAGAGAGAGGUGGCAAUCUGGACACCUUCACGAGGAAUCAAUUUCAAGACGAAUGGCACUAAUUUUUAUUCUUCAUCAAGACAAAUCUUCAAGAGUAGUGUCAUAUGGCCAGGAGGAUCAAAUACUGUUCCCAGGGGAUGGGAAUUCCCAGUUGCAGGUAAGAAGCUAAGAGUCGGAGUGCCAGUGAAGUCUGGUUUUACAGACUUUGUGAGAGUGGAAAGGGAUAAAGAACUCAAUAAAACCCAAGUUAGCGGAUUCUACAUUGAUGUCUUCAAUUCAGUCAUGUCAGCGUUGCAAUAUGCUGUGCCCUAUGAGCUCGUUCCCUUUGAGAAACCCGAUGGCUCAAGUGCAGGAACUUAUAAUGAUCUAGUAUACCAAGUAUUCCUUCAGAACUUUGAUGCUGCAGCUGGGGAUAUAUCAAUCACAGUGAACCGUUCAAAGUAUGCAGACUUCACAUUGCCCUUUGCAGAAGGAGGGGUGUUCGGUGUAGUCCCAAUAGGGUACGAGGAUGUGGACAACAUAUGGACCUUUUUGAAGCCCCUAACGAAAGAACUUUGGCUAACCAGCAUAGUGUUCUUCGUUUUCACUGGCAUGGCUGUCUGGAUUCUUGAACACAGGGUUAGCUCUGCUUUCCGAGGCCCUCCUUCUCAACAUGUCGGAAUGAUCCUAUACUUUCCAUUCUCGACGCUAGUAUUUGCACAUAGAGAGAGAAUUGUGAGUAAUUUUGCACGGCUCGUUGUGGUGGUUUGGAUGUUCGUCGUACUCAUUCUCAACUCGACUUAUACAGCCAGCUUGUCGUCAAGAUUAACAGUACAACGUCUUAAACCGGCAAUCCAAGAUGCGAACGAGCUAAUCAAGAACGGAGACUUUGUUGGCUGUCCAGAAGGCUCAUUCAUACCAGACCUCUUGAAGGAAAAAGGAUUUCAAGAAUCCAAGAUCAAGAAGUAUAAAUAUCCCGAGGAUUUCCAUAACGCAUUGUCUAAUGGAAGUAACAAUGGCGGGAUAUCAGCAUAUUUUGAUGGAGCUCCUAAUAUCAAAAUCUUCCAAUCCAAAUACUGUGGCAAAUACACCAUUGGACCGUCUUACCGCACUGAUGGAUUUGCUUUUGUUUUCCCUAGAGGGUCUCCACUAGUUGCAGAUGUAUCACGGGCAGUGAUCGAGCUGACAGAAAACGGAAGGAUUUUGGAGAUUGGGAAUCAAGGGUUCGGAAAUGAAGAAACAUGUACAGGGCCAGACAGCGCACUGCUGGGAUCAACAAGUGUGAAAUUACAGUGUUUCGAAGGACUGUUUGCCAUUACUGGGGGCAUAACGGGAUCGUGCCUCCUAGUUUUCCUAGUCAAGUAUGUAUACCAGAACAGAACAUGUCUGCAGACAAUCUUGGAUUCUAAAACUAGUGUUUGGUCAAAGGUUGUAGCAAUUUGCAGACAUUUUGAUCAAAGAGACACUUCUGCUGAUCCACCUAGAGAUCCCAAAGAGAAAAUCCGAGAUGCAGAAGGUGGUGAAGUUCCUGCUGACCUAUUGAGAAUUUCUUCGAAUUCCAGUGUUGUAGUGCCCUUGAAUAUGGAAGAACAGAACAAUGCCAAUGUGAGAAUGGCAUUGGAGGUGCAGUACUCUAGUCCGGGUUAAAGUCGUUUCCAUAUGCCUAUUAUGUUCUGUUAUGUUCGGGUAAGUUUGUUAGAGGGUUUUCUUGUCUUUUAUUCUAGAUGGCUAUAUAUAGCUUUACUUUCCCUUGUAAUAUCAGUUUGUAGUGUAAAAGAUUGAGACCACUUCUUGUAUGUGAAUGUGAUUUGAAAUGUUCAUGUGGUUUGAGUGCUUCGAAGUGCUCAUGUGAAUUAGAUGCUAAAAUUAGAAA